GGGAGGACGGACCAUCAGGACAGACCGACCGGGGGCCCGGCGGGCGGAGGGCAGCGCAGCGCAGCCACGUCCCCCCUGGAUCCGCUGACAGCCGGGCCCGGGGCUUCCGACAUGCCCCCCAGGAGAGUGUGCUGGGCAGACGAUGCUGGACCCGAUGGAGGCGCCCGGACACUCGAGGCAGCUGCUCCUGCAGCUCAACAGCCAGCGCACCAAGGGCUUCUUGUGCGACGUGAUCAUCGUGGUGCAGAACGCCCUCUUCCGCGCGCACAAAAACGUGCUGGCGGCCAGCAGCGCCUACCUCAAGUCCCUGGUGGUGCAUGACAACCUGCUCAACCUGGACCAUGACAUGGUGAGCCCGGCCGUGUUCCGCCUGGUGCUGGACUUCAUCUACACCGGACGCCUGGCUGACGGCGCAGAGGCGGCUGCUGCGGCGGCCGUGGCCCCCGGGGCCGAGCCGAGCCUGGGCGCCGUGCUGGCCGCUGCCAGUUACCUGCAGAUCCCUGACCUCGUGGCGCUGUGCAAGAAACGCCUCAAGCGCCACGGCAAGUACUGCCACCUGCGGGGAGGCGGCGGUGGCGGUGGCGGCUAUGCGCCCUAUGGGCGGCCGGGCCGGGGGUUGAGGGCGGCCACGCCGGUCAUCCAGGCCUGCUACUCGUCCCCAGCAGGGCCUCCGCCGCCUCCCGCCGCCGAGCCGCCCUCGGGCCCCGAGGCCGCUGUCAACACGCACUGCGCCGAGCUGUACGCCUCGGGCCCGGGCCCGGCCGCCGCACUCUGCGCCCCGGAACGCCGCUGCUCCCCGCUCUGUGGCCUGGACCUGUCCAAGAAGAGCCCACCGGGCUCUGCGGCUUCUGAACGGCCACUGAGUGAGCGCGAGCUGCCCCCGCGCCCGGACAGCCCUCCCAGCGCCGGCCCCGCCGCCUACAAGGAGCCUCCGCUCGUCCUGCCGCCGCUGCCACCGCUGCCUUUCCAGAAGCUGGAGGAGGCCGUACCGCCUCCGGACCCGUUCCGCGGCGGCGGCGCCAGCCCGGGACCCGAGCCCCCCGGUCGCCCCGACGGGCCCAGCCUUCUCUACCGCUGGAUGAAGCACGAGCCAGGCCUAGGUAGCUACGGCGACGAGCUGGGCCGGGAUCGCGGUUCCCCUGGCGAGCGCUGCGAGGAGCGCGGCGGGGACGCGGCCACCUCGCCCGGGGGGCCCCCACUCGGCCUGGUGCCGCCGCCUCGCUACCCGGGCAGCCUGGACGGGCCUGGCGCGGGCGGCGACGGCGACGACUACAAGAGCAGCAGCGAGGAGACUGGCAGCAGCGAGGACCCCAGCCCGCCGGGCGGCCACCUCGAGGGCUACCCGUGCCCGCACCUGGCUUACGGUGAGCCAGAAAGCUUUGGUGACAACCUGUACGUGUGCAUCCCCUGUGGAAAGGGCUUCCCCAGCUCGGAGCAGCUGAAUGCGCACGUGGAGGCUCAUGUGGAGGAGGAGGAGGCGCUGUAUGGUAGGGCCGAGGCGGCUGAGGUGGCUGCUGGGGCCGCCGGCCUAGGGCCCCCUUUUGGCAGCGGUGGGGACAAGGUCUCUGGGGCUCCGGGAGGCCUAGGAGAGCUACUGCGGCCUUACCGCUGCGCGUCGUGCGACAAGAGCUACAAGGACCCGGCCACGCUGCGACAGCACGAGAAGACGCACUGGCUGACCCGGCCCUAUCCAUGCACCAUCUGCGGGAAGAAGUUCACGCAGCGCGGGACCAUGACGCGCCACAUGCGCAGCCACCUGGGCCUCAAACCCUUCGCGUGCGACGCGUGUGGCAUGCGCUUCACGCGCCAGUACCGCCUCACCGAGCACAUGCGCAUCCACUCGGGCGAGAAACCCUACGAGUGCCAGGUGUGCGGCGGCAAAUUCGCACAGCAACGCAACCUCAUCAGCCACAUGAAGAUGCACGCCGUGGGGGGCGCAGCCGGCGCAGCCGGGGCGCUGGCGGGCUUGGGGGGGCUACCCGGCGUCCCCGGCCCCGAUGGCAAGGGCAAAAUCGACUUUCCCGAGGGCGUCUUUGCUGUGGCCCGCCUCACGGCCGAACAGCUGAGCCUGAAGCAGCAGGACAAGGCGGCCGCCGAGCUGCUGGCGCAGACCACGCACUUCCUGCACGACCCCAAGGUGGCGCUCGAGAGCCUCUACCCGCUGGCCAAGUUCACCGCGGAGCUGGGUCUCAGCCCGGACAAGGCGGCCGAGGUGCUGAGCCAGAGCGCUCACCUGGCCGCCGGACCCGACGGCCGGACCAUCGACCGUUUCUCUCCCACCUAAGACGCCCCUCGCCCGCCCGCCAUGUCGCAGCCGCGCGGCCCAGGCCCACACCCCUAGGGAGCGGCGGCGGCGACGGCAGCGAGCAGGCACACCGCACCCAGGACAACUGUAAUAGCAGCGGCAGCGUCACCACAGUGGCGGCCCCACCUCUCUGCGGCCUCACCUGGCCUCACUGCUUUGUG